AUGGUGGAUUCCGAUUCGCAGUACUUACAUUUUGACUGUUUCGAUUUGCAGGAGAAAACAGUAGUGCUUAGGACUGCGGUGUAUGCUAAACCUAACAUUCAUUAUUGCCUUCCCUUAUGGGAGGCUAUUCGCAGGCUGCAUAGCGCCAUCGUACACCCGUGGCUGUUGCUGGGAGAUUUUAACUCCAUCUCUGGCCCAUCGGAGCGUCAAGGCGGUGCUGGAUUCAACAGCUACAAAGUGAAGGAUUUUAACAGUUGUAUAAAGGACUGCAACCUCAUUGAUCUCGGAUUCGCUGGGCCUCGCUUCACGUGGACGAAUGGGCAUCUAUCUCAACGUUUGGACAGGGCACUCUGCAAUCAUGAGUGGUUGUUUCAAUUCCCAUACUCAUCCAACAUUCACCUACCGCGUCUACGCUCUGACCACAGACCUAUCCUUGUUCGCAACAAAAUCCUGCACCCUACUAUGAAUCCACACCGUCCUUUCUGCUUCCUAGCACCCUGGUUGACGCAUGAUGACUUCCAGCCAACGCUCACCGCCUCUUGGAAGAAGGAUUCUGAAUUCAUUCCCUCGCUCUUGGACCUGCAGCACAUCCUCUGCAAAUGGAAUAAGCAAGUUUUCGGGAACAUAUUGCAAAGGAAAAAAGUGAUGACCACUUUGCUCAAGGUCCUAGAGAUGCAGAAUAAUCAAGGUGGCAGCAGCCUUCUUAUUGAGGAGGAAAACAAAGUGAGAGAGGAAUUGGAGAAGACUCUUUGGCAGGAGGAGGUGCUCUGGAUGCAAAAGGCUUGUGCUAAUUGGAUAAAAAGUGGUAUUGCAACACACACUUCUUCCAUGUGGCUACCUUGGCGAGACGUAGAAAGAGUAUCACUAUUAGACUCCAAAAUGAAGAGGGCAGGUGGAUCGAGGAUCCGGAAAUCCUUGAACGAAUGGCAAGAGACUUCUACUGCAAACUUUUCGCUGAGGAUGUAG